AGUUGUUUGUACCAUGGCCUGUGGUGGACAGCGUUAGGAAUAAACAUAUUGUAUUUAACACGAAUUUAUCUACACUCAAUCACCAUUUCAGUGUAUACUAUAGAAUAAUUGGAUACAAUAAAAAUGGCACCGAAUUUUGGCAAUGAAGUGUCAUCACCUAUCGUUGCAGAAGAGAGUUACGAAAAGCUGAUACCACCACAAGCCGCACCAAGGAAGUACAAGUAUUUGUACGCCAAUAUGAUAUAUUUUACAUAUUGGCACAUAGCCGGACUUUAUGGUAUUUACCUGGCUAUCACUACAGCAAAAUGGGCAACCAUUAUUUUAGCUUAUUUAUUAUUCGUAGCGGGAGAAAUUGGCAUUACAGCUGGAGCCCACAGACUGUGGGCUCACAAGAGUUACAAAGCGAAACUACCUUUACAAAUCCUCCUGAUGCUGUUCAACUCAACAGCUUUUCAAAAUUCGGUUAUCACUUGGGUGAAGGACCACCGAAUGCAUCACAAAUACAGUGACACAGACGCCGAUCCUCAUAACGCUACUAGGGGUUUUUUCUAUUCCCAUGUAGGUUGGUUGAUGGUAAAGAGACACCCUGAGGCUAUUAAGCGAGGAAAAUCUCUGGACAUGUCUGACAUCUACAAUAACCCAGUUUUGAAGUUCCAGAAAAAAUACGCCAUUCCGUUGAUUACUACUGUCGCCUUUGUGCUCCCAACAAUAAUUCCAAUGUAUUUUUGGGACGAAAGUUUUAAUGUUGCAUGGCAUAUGACCAUGCUGAGAUAUAUCAUCAAUCUGAACACUAUAUUUCUAGUCAACAGCGUUGCUCAUAUGUGGGGGUAUAAACCUUAUGACAAGAACAUAGCUCCAACACAGAAUUAUAUAGCAACAUUCGCCACAUUAGGCGAAGGUUUCCACAACUACCAUCACGCAUUUCCUUGGGAUUAUCGUGCCUCGGAACUUGGAAACAAUUAUCUUAACUUAACGACCAAGUUCAUAGAUUUCUUCGCCUGGAUUGGCUGGGCUUAUGAUUUGAAAACGGUUCCUGAAGAUCUGCUUCAGAAAAGGAUGGAGAGAACUGGUGACGGUACCAAUCUUUGGGGGAGGGGUGAUAAGAACAUGAAAAAAGAUUAUGUGAAAUCUACAGAUGUCCAUGAAUGAAUCAUGUCAUGUCAAGAAUGAAUAACCCAUAAUAAUUAAUGUUACAGAUAUUAUACUAACAAAGGUACAAAAAUGUAGAGAAAUAGUGUUUGGGUAAGGCAAGACUAUAUUGUCAGAGUAAUAAUUAGAAAAGAUACUUCUCCCAGUAAACGUACAAUAUAUGUAUGCGGUUUUUUAUGAUAGCUUUCCUAUUUAGUGGUAAGGUGCAAAUUAAUUGGACUUUGCGACCUAACUGACCGAAAUAGAAGAAAAAUGUUUUUGCUGAUAUUUAUAUGAUAAUAAUAUCGAAUUGAAUUUUUAUUCAUUUAAUCGCUAUUUUUUUUUAUAUUCUUCUUCUUCUUUUAUAUUAUUGCUGCCACCGUUUAUGUGUCGAUGAUUUUGCCAAUGUUGAGUAAUAAUCUCAGGUAAUAAUUGCAGUUUCCGUAAUAUACAUAUAUUGUAAUUUUCUUUGUACAGCAGAUACAAAACAAAAAGAAACUAAAACUUUUUAAAUAUUGAAGACUCUUGAGAGAUGAAACCUUGCUAAAAUACUUCUGUCACAGUAUGUCAGUUUUGAUAUAAUGUGAAAAUAAUGUUAUAGAUUAUUCCAUAUUUAUGAGUUGAGUUAUUUUGUAAAUUUAUUUAUUUAUAUUAUACAAUAAAAAAUUGUAAAG